CUGGCCGCGCAGUUGCCGGAGCGAGCCUCCGGGAGAGACCAACUGCCGGGGGAGGAUAGUGUGACGGGCGACCAGGCUCCCGCGGCUGUUGUUCCCUUUCCCCCUCCCGUUCCAAUGGGCUGGUCCGGGGAGGUGGGGGCUGGACCCGCUGGCGGCGGGUAAGCGGCGGCGGCGGCGGCGGCUACUCGGCUGGGCCUGGCGGGGUCUGUGCGGUCUAAAAUGACUUUAAUAAAGAAGCUGCAGUGUCCUAUUUUCUAGGCAAGUGGCUAAGUUGUACCUAAGUCUGUUAAAUUGAUGAAGUACUUGUUUUGGCAUCUUUACAAGAGAGGACAACGACUCAUCAUAUUUGUGUAAUACGCAGGAGUGGAGGUGUCUCCAUGAAUAAUUUAAAUGAUCCUCCAAACUGGAAUAUCCAGCCUAAUCCAAGGGAAAAUGGUGGUGAUGGAAACAAAUGGAAUUAUGCUUUGUUGGUUCCAAUGCUGGGAUUGGCUGCAUUUCGUUGGAUCUGGUCCAGAGAGUCUCAGAAAGAGAUAGAAAAAGAAAAAAAAGAAUAUUACAGAAGACUAACAUCUGUACAAAGAGAUCUUGAAUCAAAAUAUCGUGACACAAUCACAGAAAAUCGCCGCACAGUUGCUCACUUGGAGUUGGAGCUUGAAAAGGAACACAACAGAACCCUGAGUUAUCGUGAAGCCCUAAUCUCCCAGAGUCGCAAAUUAGUAGAAGAAAGAAGAGUUCUAGAACAGGAACACGAAAAGUUGGAGCAAGAAAAGCAGGUUCUGCGGCGCUCAGGGGCAGCAGGUGCCUUGUACCAGAGUUGUCUUGCAAAAGAAGCACAAUGGCAAAAGAGAGCUAAUAUUGUAAUAAAAGAAUUUGAAGAAGCACUUUUAGAAAGACAAGAUAUCUAUUGCAGUUUUGUGCUGCCCAGAAACCAGCGACUAGAAAUAGAGAAAAAUUUGCUAGUUAGAGCUGCAACUGAUCCUGUUGCUGUGGAUAUAGAAAUGGAAAACGGUUUAAAAGAUAUUUUUAAGUAUGAUACAUAUUGUGGUAAUGUGCUGAACACAAACAAGCGUCAAAAUGGAAGACUAAUGUGGCUUUAUCUCAGAUAUUGGGAACUAACUGUUGAAUUAAAAAAGUUCAAGAGGGUAGAGAAGGCCCUGUUGGAAAAAUGAUGUGUGGGGAAAGUAGUGGCAUUUCAUGUACUAUGGCACAUGUAAUAUAUGAUGACUCACUGGUAUUCUAAAGAUGCUAAUUUCCUGUAGUACAUUCAUAUAUUUUCCCCCCUCCUCAUUGCAGCCACAUUUGCAGUACUCCCCAUCCAUGAAGGUGUCUCCACUAUUGGUGCCUUUCCAUUGAUGGGCCAACAACAAAUGCUCACUAGGCAGUGCAGUUUACCUUGAGACUGUGUCAACUGAAAGAUACACUUUGUGUUCACAGCCAGGUUAGCAGAGAGUGCUCCCAACUCCUGAUUUCCUGCAUGGCAGUGCAACAAAACUCUCAGGAAAGUACUCGGAAGUGACUGUAACAGUGAGAUUUCUUGUUAUAUUAUUUAGAUGUGAAAUGCUUUCUCUGUACCAAUGAAAAAAGUGUGGAAUCAUGUUUUCAAAUUAGAUUUGCAUGGUCUUCCAAGCUUGAUGUGCAUACGUCACUUUACACUACGUUUAUACAAAAAAAUAUUUGCUUGAAAUACAAAGACAGGAUGCUAUUUAAAAUAAUACAGAACGAAAAUAAAAACAAGGACUUUGA